AUGGCUGACGGCAGUGAGGACCCGGCCGUGUUCUCCUCCUCCUCCCUGCCCACAGACCCACGGCUGUUGGCCACAGUCACCAACGCUUACCUGGGCACACGUGUGUACCACGACACCCUACACGUGAGCGGUGUGUACAGCGGUGCUGUGGGUGACACACACCGUGCCGAUGUACCCAGCCCUGCCAACGUGCGUAUGGUGGUGCCCAGUGAGCCCGGCAUGGAUGAGACCUUCACCCUGGACACCCGCACGGGAACCUUCAGCCAUGAGCUCCGGUCAGCAGAUUACGUGGCCACCCAGCAGAUCUAUGCUCACUGUUCCCUUGUCCACCUGCUGGUUGUCAGCAUCACCAUCCAGAGGUCACCUCACAACACCCGACCCAUCACCAUCCAGCUCCAGACUCCUUUUGAGCCGAAGAGCCAGGACCUGGACCUGAAACAGGGACCUGACUUCCAGGGAGCACACUAUGUCUAUGGCAGGACGCUGGUUCCUGAGGUGCCAGGGGGGCCCUGUCCUGCCCUGCACAUGCUCUGGACGCCGGUGCCGGUGGCACUGACACUGCCUGCGGAGGAGCAGCAGCGGUGCUGGCACUUCCUGACAGCUGUGGCUGGCACCGAGCAGGGUGCCAGGGGCAGCUACAGCCAGGGCCUGGCGUGUGCGGCCGCAGGGUCCCUGCACCGGUGCCAUGCCCAAGCCUGGGCUGCAGUGUGGCAGGGCUGUGGUGUGGAGCUGACCGGGCCCUUGCGGCUGCAGCAGGCACUGCGUGGGAGCCUCUUCUACCUCCUGAGCUCCAUCACCCCACACCCGGCCCUGCCCGGCCAUGGCAUCGGCUAUGGCAUCGACCACGGCAUCAGUCAUGGCAUCAGUCAUGGCAUCAGCCCUGGUGGCCUCGCCAACGGCGCACGUGGGGAGGAAUACUGGGGUCACAUCUUCUGGGACCAGGAGACCUGGAUAUUCCCGAACAUCCUGCUGUUCUAUCCCGAGGCUGCCCGAGCCAUGCUGGAAUACCGGAUCCGCACGCUGGAAGGAGCCCUGCACAACGCACGGGAGCAAGGCUACGAGGGUGCUAAGUUCCCAUGGGAGAGCGCAGCCACAGGCCGGGAAGUCUGUCCCGAGGAGAUCUAUGGAGCUCAGGAGAUCCACGUCACCGGGGACGUGCUGGUGGCCUUCGAGCAGUAUUACCACAUCACACAGGACCAGAGGCUGUUCAUGGAGGCUGGAGGCUGGAGGCUGGUGUGUGCUGUGGCUCAGUACUGGUGCAGCAGGAUGGUGUGGAGCGAGCAGGAGCAGUGCUACCACAUCCGAGAUGUGAUGCCCCCGGAUGAGCACCACUGCCACGUUGACAACUCUGCUUACACCAACGCUGUGGCCCAGCGGAGCUUGACCUUUGCAGCCCAUCUGGCUCAGGACUUGGCGAUGCCGGUGCCCGAACAGUGGCUGUGCUGUGCCAGCAGCAUCAAAGUGCCCUUUGAUGCGGGGAAGGGAUAUCACCCCGAGUACGACGGCUACAGCCCUGGUGAGCCGGUGAAACAAGCAGACGUGGUCCUGCUGGGCUUCCCACUGAUGCACCCCAUGAGCCCUCAGGUCCGGAGGAACGACCUGGAGAUGUACGAGCCUGUCACGGAGCUGCAUGGACCAGCCAUGACCUGGAGCAUGUUUGCCGUGGGCUGGCUGGAGCUGAAGGAGGUGCAGAGAGCCCAGGCCCUGCUCAACAAGUGCUUCAGCAACAUCACGGAGCCCUUCAAGAUCUGGGUGGAGAACUCGGAUGGGUCGGGAGCUGUGAACUUCCUGACAGGGAUGGGUGGAUUCCUACAAGCCAUCCUGUUCGGAUACACCGGCUUCAGGAUCACAAGGUCCAACCUCCGCUUCGAUCCUGCCUUUCCUGACGACAUCCACGAGCUGAACAUCUCUGGUGUCUCCUACUUGGGCAACAAGCUCAGGUUCAGCAUCACCAGAGAGGAGAUGGGGAUUGAAGUGACCGAGUGUGCCCAGGACCCUCCGGCUCUGCCCUUGGAAGCGGUGCUGGAGCAGUCGGGGCAGCGGCUGCCCCUGCACAAAGGUGUGGUGCCAGCACUGGGGCUGCUGCUGCAGUGGGGACCACAUGGGGACAUCCCAUAG